AUGGAGUGGGAAAUAUCGGAGAGUUAUCGAGCUGCUAAGGAAGCGGCUGUACGCCGCAAGUAUGAUCAGUCGGCGUUAUUCUUACGUACCGCUCUUUCGUUAAUUGAACGUCGUUUGAAUGGUAUAUCGACCGAUGAUCCAAAUAGAGGCCAACUUGUUAAGAUAAAAUCGGUGUUGAAGUUGAAUGUGGAACGAAUGAAUGGUAUUGCGGAUGUUGUUUCGCAGAUGCGGCAAAUGGCCGGUGUGACAACAUCGACAUCGCCCGUUGACGCACCACCAAGUGAUCCUGAUGUUUGGCCACUGCCGCCAUUAACAAAGAAAACAUCGGCCAUUCCGAGUCCGAAAAAUACCAACAAAAAGCAAAUCUCUUUUCGUGUUGAUAAUAAAACAAAAAAAGGUUCAGUAGGGAAAUCUCCUUGUAUCAGUGCAGGAGGAGGUCGCAGUAUCACCAAAAGAGCUAACUCAUUGGGACGUGCAUCUAUGAAUGAACUGUCGGAAGUUUCCCCGAAGGAGGAAGGCGACAAUAAUAGCAACGACAAAGGAGAAAACGAAAAAGUAUUUGACGAUAAAGGGUUCGACAAAGAACUGGUGGAAAUUAUUGAACGUGAUAUUAUGCAGAAACGUCCUAAUGUUCAUUGGGAUGACAUUGCUGGCCUCGAUGAAGCCAAGAAGCUCUUGAAGGAGGCGGUCAUAUUACCGUCAGUUAUGCCGAAUUUCUUCAAGGGUAUUCGACGUCCCUGGCGAGGAAUUUGUAUGGUUGGUCCACCAGGAACAGGUAAAACUAUGCUCGCAAAAGCUGUUGCAACGGAAAGUCAGACGACAUUUUUCUGUGUGUCGUCCGCUACACUGACUUCGAAAUAUCGUGGAGACUCUGAAAAGCUUGUACAGCUUCUUUUCAAAAUGGCUCGCUUUUAUGCCCCAUCAACGAUAUUCAUUGAUGAAAUAGAUAGUCUGUGUAGCAGAAGAGGUGCUGACAGCGAACACGAGGCAUCACGUCGAGUUAAGUCUGAGCUGUUAACACAGAUGGACGGUUGUUCGCCAGAUGUUUCACGGGUUCUUGUGCUGGCUGCAACAAAUUUUCCUUGGGACUUGGAUGAAGCUCUAAGAAGGCGUCUUGAGAAACGAAUAUAUAUUCCACUGCCAGAUAAAACUAAUAGAUUUCAGCUUUUAAAGCUGGCUUUAGCUGAAGUUUCUAUCGAUGACGAAGUUAAUUUAGAAAUUGUGGCCGAUUCGCUUGAUGGUUAUUCAGGAGCUGAUAUUACAAAUGUCUGUCGCGAAGCGGCAAUGAUGAAUAUGCGUGUGCGUAUUGCUAAUCUAACAGCUGAAGAAAUUAAAUCAUUGACGCAAGAAGAGGUGGAUUUGCCUAUCACAUCUAGUGAUUUUUCACAAGCAAUACAAAAUACAUCACCAUCGGUAUCCUAUUCUGAUGUGCAAAAGUAUGAGAAGUGGAUACAUGAUUACGGCGCGGCUAUAAUUGGAUUUUUCAUUCGCAAUGCAGAUGUGCUGAGAAUGGAAGUUUCUAGUUCCAAUCAGUCAGGGAGAAUAUUGUUGAAUUCAAAAUUGGUUAUCAACCGGAAACGUCAAGAAGGAAAUCCCGUUUUGAAGUAUAUACGUAAUGUUCCAUUCGAAUGGGCUGAUAUCAAAGUUCCUGUUUCUAUUGUUUUGGCUGAUUUUGAGGCUGGUAAAGAAAUGGGCAUUUUAUAUCUCAGUUUGAAAUGGCAUAAGCUUCAUCCAAAUUAUAUAGAGACUCGUAUAAACAGUGAUGGUGGUAGAUAUGCAAUUAAGAUCUUAUUGGUGCUUGUGAAUGCGGAACAACGUCAUAUUCUACGCGAAUUAAAUCUCUUUUGUUAUCGAACUGGUUGGACGCUUAUGCUCUGUUAUUCCGCUGAGGAAGCUGCGGAGUACUUGGAAAAUUUGCAUAUUUCGAGAAAUAAAAAUGAACAAAGCGCCGUUAAUGCAGUGCAAGAACGGAAAAGAAAACGACUUUGCUUGCCGGAUGAUGAUAGCGAAUUACAACAGGCAGCCAAAUUCCUUACUGUUAUUCGAUCGUUGACAAUAUCUGAUGCACAACGUUUGAUUGCUACUUUUGGCAGCAUCCGGAAAAUAGCAAAUGCAGACAUUGAUAGGUUGCUGUUAUGCCCUGGCCUAGUUGUCGCUUUCUCAGAAGCAUUGCCUAAGCUAUUCGGACAUUCAAAAGCGAUGAAUGAUGUUCCUGAAAAUGCAAACGAGGAUUGUCCCGGCGCAACAUCUGUGGAUGCAGGAAAGGCAGCUUCGUGUGCUGGUUGUCCCAACCAGACACUAUGUGCAUCUGGCGAAGCAAGAAAGCCAGAUACGAAUUUUUUGGCAAUUACAGAUCGUUUGAAAAAUGUUAAACAUAAAAUCUUGAUACUUUCUGGGAAAGGCGGUGUCGGAAAAAGUGCCGUAGCGGCAAAUUUGGCUAGAGCUCUGGCAGAAAAUGAUAAAAUGCAGGUCGGACUACUAGAUGUAGAUAUUUGUGGACCAUCGCAAGCACGAAUGCUGGGUGUUGAGCAAGAAAGUGUUCAUGAGAGUGGUGAUGGUUGGUGUCCCAUUGUUGUAAAAGAUAAUCUCAUAGUAAUGAGCAUUGCAUUCUUAUUGCAAAAUAAGUCUGAAGCAAUUAUUUGGCGAGGAGCGCGAAAGAAUGCUUUGAUAAAGCAGUUUUUAAAGGAUGUAGAUUGGGGAAGUUUGGAUUACUUAUUGAUUGAUACACCUCCUGGGACUUCAGACGAACAUAUCUCCACUGUUCAGUUUCUUCUGCAAGCAGGUUCUAUAGAUGGCGCUAUUGUGGUAACCACACCUCAAGAGAUAUCACUGCUUGAUGUCCGCAAAGAAAUCAAUUUCUGUCGAAGAACAAAAAUUAAUGUAUUGGGAGUUGUCGAAAAUAUGUCUUCGUUCAUUUGUCCCUGCUGUUCGAAAAUUUCUCAACUUUUUCCACGUACAACUGGUGGUGCAGAAACGAUGUGCAAUGAAUUAUCUGUUCCUUUACUGGCUUCAUUACCAUUCGAUAGUCACAUGGCUGAAUGCGCAGAUGCCGGAGAAGAUUACUUUGAAAAAUAUCAUAAUUCUGUUUUAGCUAAGGAAUUUGAAAAGCUUGCACAGCUCAUCUCCAAACGACGAUUUAGUUAA